UUACCGAGCAAGCAUAGAGUGGUGGUGAGGAAAGUGACAGUCACACUGGAGGCUUGGUGUAUGGUGAAACACAGGUGAUUUCAGCUUCCACGGUUGCAAUUUACAGCGGAAUGUUCACUCGAAGGGGGUAUGGAGACGUCAAGAAAUCUACACAGAAAGUUCUGGACCCAAAGAAGGAUGUGCUGACCCGGCUCAAACACCUCCGGUCACUGUUAGAUAUCAUUGACAAGAGUGAACUGAAGGCAUUCUUCGAGAGCAACUGUUCUCAGAUUUAUUUUAUCUUCUAUGAAAAUUUCAUUACACUGGAAAGCAACUUAAAACAAAAAGGGAACAAAUCUCAAAGGGAGGAGCUGGACUCUAUCCUCUUUAUUUUUGAAAAAAUUCUACAACUUCUGCCUGAGAAAAUCUACAACCGAUGGCAGUUUCACAGUAUAGGUUCUAUUCUGAAAAAACUUCUACACACUGGAAAUUCAUUCAAGAUCCGCUGUGAAGGGAUCCGUCUCUUCCUGCUGUGGCUGCAGGCCCUGAGGGACAACUGUGCUGAGGAGCAGUUUCUUAUCUUUGCCUGUCUGGUGCCCGGAUUCCCUGCUGUGCCCUCCACCAGAGGGCCCUUCAGCCUCGACACCAUUUACAACGCCUCCUCCAACCCCCAUGACGCAAAAGUGGUGCCCGAGGAGAUUACAGCGCUUGUUCCGGCUGUGGUGGGAGAAAAAGUUGCAGAUGACCAGACUUGUUACAUCCUCGAAACCCUGCUCAAGUACAUGGUCAUUCAGGCAUCCAGUUUAGAAUGGAAGAACAAAGAGAACGAGAACACAGGCUUCAGGUUUCUCUUCAGCCUGUUCAAGAAGUACUACCUUCCACAUUUAUUCCCCUCCUUCACCAAACUCACAAACCUCUACAAGCCCUUAUUAGACCUCCCCCAUCACAGACCAAAACCCUUGUAUGUGCCAGUGACGCGGAACAAUGAAAGCACCUUCUGCACCAGGGACCAGUACCUGGCACCCCGUGUGGCCUUCAUCACCUGGCUGGUCACCUUCUUCCUGGAGAAGAAGUAUGUCAGCAGUGCUGCUGCGGCGCAGAACGCCAAGAACGGCACUGAAGUCAUUCCCAAACUCAUCCACACUGUCACUGCAGGCAGUAGCAGCCAGGAGAAGGAUAAGGAUAAGACGUCGGAUGGGGAUACGAAUGGACCAGCGGGGGAACCCGAGAAGAGCCACUCCAACAGCAGCACGCUAUCAGACCGACGGCCCAGCGAUUCCAGUUUGUGUAGCAUUGAGGAGGAGCACCGCUAUGUCUAUGACAUGGUGCAUGCCAUCCUGCUGUCCACCAGGGACAAUGUGAAUUUUGUCAACGAGGUCUUCCACCAGGCUUUCCUGCUGCCAUCCUGCGAGGCAUCUGCAACCAGGAAGGUGAUCAAAGUGUACAGGAAGUGGAUCCUGCAGGAAAAGCCCAGCUUCAUGACAGAGCCUGACACAACUACCCAGGAAGAUGAAGUAGAUCACAGCAGUGAACAGAUACUCAGCGCCGAGACAAAGAGCAUGCAUGCACAGGCCGAGAGUCACGGUCACAGACGGUCGUCCAGCUGGGGGAGGACCUACUCAUUCAGCAGCGCCAUCAAUCGGGGCUUUCUCACUGAGGAGCAGAACAGGGACAUCAAGGCUGGCAUCCAGCCCACACUACAGGUGUUCCUGACCAACUCAUCCAAUGUGUUCCUGUUGGAACCCUGCCAGGAUGUACCUAAACUCCUGGAAAACCAGGUUGAAGUGUGCAAGGGUGUUCUUAGUAUCUACCGGCACAUGAUCAUGGAGCACACGAUGAAUACACAGACAUGGGAGCAGAUGCUGCAGGUACUGCUGAGGAUCACUGAGGCAGUGAUGAAGAGGCCACAGGAAAACCAAAGAAAAGACAGCUUUGCUGAAAGUUUAGCAUCUAUACUCUUUAGGACCAUCAUUGUGGCGUGGGUGCGAGCCAACCUGUGCGUAUUUAUCUCCCGGGAGCUAUGGGACGAGCUGCUGGCAGUGCUGUCCUCUCUUACCUGCUGGGAGGAGCUGGUGACAGAGUGGGCCAGCAUCAUGGACUCGCUGACGGCUGUGCUGGCACGCUCCGUUUAUGGCCUGGACAUGGGCAACCUGCCUCUGGACAAACUCAGUGAACAGAAGGAGAAGAAGCAGAGAGGACGUGGAGUGAUCCAGGACUCCCAGAAGGCGGCGGCAGCAGCAGCAGCAGCAGUGGCACGCUCCUUCUCACUGAGUUGGAGGAACCAGGGAGAGCAGGUCGGGCCAGGGGUUCAAGAGCCCAUGAGGAUUCGCUCUGCCACUACAUCAGGAGCUCCUGGUGUAGAGAAGGCACGAAACAACGUCCGACAGAAGGCCUCUGAUGUGGAGGAGUGUCAGCUGUCCGAAUGUGGUGUAGAGGAGGAGCUGGGAGGCGGGGAUAGCCCUCUGCCACGUAGCAGUAGCACCUCCGACAUCACCCAGCAUCUGUCUGAUACUUUACCAGCCCAGAAGAGAGAGUACUCCCCAACUUCCUGUGGCUCUGACAGCAGAACAUCUGAGGGCAGGAGAGAAAGCAGUGAGCCGCCAGUGAUCCUCAUCCAGCGGAGCAACAGUUCAGCUGAGACAGAGUGCAAUGCUGAGGGACACACAAACUACACAAGACCCAAACUCAGAGAGAAAAGUGAGAGUAUAAGCAGUGAGACAUCCAACGGCUACCUCAAUGAAGCUGAGGUUACCUGGCAGGCCUUUGAUGAGGAGGCUGACACUCAGUCCACACAGUCAACCCACAUGGACGUGACAACCGACCCCCAGAGCCAGGGGAGUCUGCUGCUCAGCCACAAUGAGGCUCUAGCAGGUCCUGAGUGUGCCCUCCCUCCCCACUCUGCACCCCCGUCCUACCACCACCACAACCACUACCACUACCCCCAGAACCCCCCCGCCUCACCAGCCCUGCUGGUGCACACAGAGUGUCCGCGGGACUGCCCCCUGGACGACACCAUGCAUCAGUCUGUCUUACACAUGCCACACCACUUGGACAGCAGUGAGUGCCUGGCUGACGAUGUCAGCAUCAUUGCUGGUGGGACCCUGACUGGCUGGCAUCCUGAUUCAGCCUUUGUCCUGUGGAGGAGGAUAUUGGGUAUCCUGGGAGAUGUCAACAACAUCCGCUGCCCAAAAAUCCAUGCCAAAGUCUUCUCCUAUCUCUAUGAGCUCUGGCACAAGCUAGCCAAGAUCCGGGACAACCUUGGGAUCAGUGUGGACAACCAGUCUUCCCCUCCCCAGCCGGCCUUCAUCCCUCCUCUCCGAAUGCUUGCCUCUUGGCUCUUCAGGGCCACCAUGCUGCCAGCAGAAUAUAAGGCUGGUAAGCUGCAAGCCUACAAGCUGAUCUGCGAGAUGAUGACCAGGCACCAGGAUGUGCUCCCCAACAGUGAUUACUUGGUGCACCUCUACUACAUCAUGCACAAGGGCUUCACCAGCGAUGACCAGGAUGUUUUGAACACUAUCAUCCGCUCCUGCUCCCCUCGAUUCUUCUUCCUCGGCCUGCCAGGCUUCACCAUGCUGGUUGGAGAUUUCAUCACUGCUGCUGCCUGCGUUCUCAGCUCCGUCUCCCCAGAGGCUCCGAGGAUGGAGGCUCAGACAAUCCUGGGCUCUCUGGUGUGUUUUCCCAACCUUUACCGUCAGAUUCCUGUACUACAGCGUGUGCCUGGCUCUGAUGACAUUGUUGUAGGCAAUGAGGAUAUCAAGGACUAUCUGGUCAACAUCCUGCUAGAAACAGCGACAAAGGAACAUUGUGAAGGGGCCAGGUGCAUUGCUGUGUGCAGUCUGGGUCUGUGGGUGUGCGAGGAGCUAAUGCAAAAGAACAUCCACCACCAGGUUAAAGAUGCCAUCAACGUCUUGGGAGUAACACUAAAGUUUGGAAACAAAGCCGUGGCUCAGGUAGCCUGUGACGUGUUUCAGCUGCUCAUUUCUCACUGGGAACAUCUCAAGAGGUUGGAGUCCACUCUGCCGAAGAAAAUCAUUGAGAUCUUUGUGGCCACAAUAGCCUUUUUGUUGCCGAGCGCAGAGCACUCAACAGUGGAAGCAGACAAAAAGUUGAUGGUGUCACUGCUGCUUUGCCUGUUGGACUGGUGCAUGGCCGUUCCCUUGAGUCUGCUGCUGGAACCCAUCACCAUGCCUUUGGUGGAGGACCGCACAUCCCACAAGGCCCCUCUGCUGGACUACAUCUACAGGGUGCUGCACUGCUGUGUGUCCGGCUCCAACUUGCACACCCAACAGAGCCACUACCUCCUCACCCUGUCAGACUUGUCCUCUGACUAUGACCUCAUGUUGGGUCAGGUUAAGAGCUUUGAGCCACCACCCUCCCAGACAACCACUACCGAAUUCGGCAACCUGCUCACCGUCGCUGAAGAAAAGCGACGUCGGAACAUGGAGCUGAUACCUCUGACAGCACGGAUGGUCAUGACACACCUGGUGAACCACCUGGGCCAUCACCCGCUGAGCGGCGGCCCUGCCCUUCUCCACAGCCUCGUGAGCGAAAAUCACGAUAACCCGUAUGUGGAGUCGUCCGAGCUGUCCUCUGAGGUCUUCAAAAGCCCAAACCUUCAGCUGUUUGUCUUCAACGAUAGCACGCUGAUGUCCUACCUGCAGAUCCCUGCUGAGACACCCACCGUCGGCCAGCCCCCCCAACCUUCUUCCCAAGUGCGAAUCAUUGUCCGGGACAUCUCGGGCAAAUACUCAUGGGACGGCGCGAUCCUCUACUGCACCAACCAGGAAGACUCUGUUGACAUGGGAGUUUUUAGUCCAGUCGACCGCCCUCUUUCUACUACCACUGUCACUCACAGCAGAAGCCAGCCCUGCUCUCCAACAAAGGGACCGCACAAAAAUCAUUGUUCGGUCUCAGACUCCCUCUCUGACUUCUGUGAGGAGGAAGAGGUAGACGUUCUGGAUAAGCUGUUGGAGGACCUCGGCCACAGCAGCCCAGAAUGCCUGCCUCAACCACAACUCAAACUCAGCCAGCCAGCCCCCUCACCCCAUGGCAUGAACAUGGAGCAGGAGACCGCCAUCCUGGAGGCCAUUCUCCGUCAGACUCAGCAGGAGGAGGAGCAAGUGAGGAGGUGGGACGCUGAUGUAAGCUUUCGGGCUGCCUGCCAGAGGGAACCCUCACACCAGGAACCAAAAGCUCCUUUCUACUUCUGCCGGCUGCUACUUAAUGACCUUGGCAUGAACUCUUGGGACCGCAGGAAAAGUUUCCAUUUGCUGAAGAAAAAUUCAAAGCUCUUAAGAGAACUGAAGAACCUGGACUCUAGGCAGUGUCGAGAGACGCACAAGAUUGCUGUGUUCUAUAUUGGAGAAGGCCAAGAAGACAAGUGCUCCAUCUUGUCUAACAGCGCAGGCAGCCAGGCCUAUGAGGACUUUGUGUCUGGACUGGGAUGGGAGGUGGACCUGGCCACUCACUGUGGCUUUAUGGGUGGCCUCCAGAGGAAUGGCAGCACAGGUCUAACAGCUCCUUACUAUGCUACCUCCACUGUGGAAGCCAUCUUCCACGUCUCCACGCGCAUGCCAUCUGAUUCUGAUGACUGCCUCACCAAAAAGCUGCGUCACCUGGGAAAUGACGAGGUGCACAUAGUGUGGUCAGAGCACACGAGGGACUACCGACGUGGCAUCAUCCCAACCGACUUUGGAGACGUGCUCAUUGUCAUCUACCCGAUGAAGAACCACAUGUAUUUCAUCCAGAUCAUGAAGAAACCACAGGUUCCUUUCUUUGGGCCUCUGUUUAAUGGCGCCAUCGUCACUGGGACGCUGCUGCCAAGCUUGGUGCGGGCCACCUGUAUCAAUGCCAGCAGAGCUGUCAAGUCCCGGCUGACUCUCUACCAGAGCUUCUAUGAGGAGCGGGCGCUCUACUUGGAGGCCAUUGUUCAGAACCACAGAGAGGUCAUGACCUUUGAAGACUUUGCCUCGCAGGUCUUCUCCCCCUCUCCUGGCUAUCCAAUGAGUGGGACAGGUUCUUUCACCGGCAGCACGAGCACCGACACCGGCGCUCAAGCCGGAACGACGGACUCUUCUGUCGACCAGGUCUCUCCCACCAUGCCCCGUGCCACAAAGAACCGAGUUUCCGGAAAACUCCGCCGAUCAGCCAGCGCUAUAAGCAAAUCCUCCAACUGAGCUCUUCAGUUUUUUCACCCUUUCUCCCCUCCCACCCCCCUCCCGAUGUUCAGCCUUUAAUAUCUUUUCUCGAAGAACCUCACACACCCAGCUGUGACUGCAAGAGUUGUUUUUUUUUGUUGUGUGUUUUUUUUUUUUUUUUUUUUUUUUUGGGCGUGUAUUGUUUUUGGUUGUUUUAUCUUGUGUCAUAUAAACAUGUAACUGGAGCAUAUUGCAAUUUUUAAUUUAAGUGGCAAUCAUUGAUUUCACUGAUACAUUUCCAUUUGUUGUGGUGUUUAAGUGCGUUAAUCGAGAUGGACAUGAGACUAAGCUAUUUGUGUUCAUCCUGGUGGUUUCAGCUUAAGAAUCAGCAACAUAGGAAGACUUGACUUUACUGAGAAGUCUUAAAGCAACCUGUGACAAAGAAAAAAAAGUCAUUUUUAUUCUCAUUUUCUAGUGCAGUCUCAAUGCACUGGAGAAACAAAGUUCUUACUAUAGUAAGGGAAUGGGAGACUGCUUUACCCUGUUUCUGUGUCUCAUCUAUCUCAACACUUAAAUGUAACAAAGCACUGAAUGACACAGCUGUAAAUGGCAUCAUGCUAAAACUGCACAAAGGAUUUGUUUCCAUUUAUAACUGUGUCCGCCUUUUUACCUCUUUUUGCACCUGCCACGACCUUUCUGUGUCAAAGAUGCCACUUCAGUUAGUGACGGGGUGAUGUUUCUUUUUUUGUUUUGUUUCGUCCUGCUCGGUAGCACCAGUUUUGAUCACGUUCGUGGAGAAAAAGACUGAUGCAGUGGGGAAUACCUCCCCACAAUGAUUUGUACUCACUGCUGCACAGGCUUCAUGGGCACGGAGUCCCUGUAGUACGUGCAAGUCAGAGGCUUUUUAAUUGUUUUGAACCUGGAGUGGACAAUCAGUGACGUCUUUCUAGCUUGAGCUGAAUUGAAAUUUGUUUGGGUUGUUUCUUUUUUUGGUUUGUUUUUUUUAUCACUCUAAUUUUCCUUUUUAAAUGAAUUCCGAUGGAUUGUGUCAUGAUUUGAUUUAUGCAACUCCAGUGGAAUGAGAAAAGACUGCGUUUGUAAUUGUUUUCUGAUGUCGUUAACAUAGGCUCAUGUCCGGUAAUUGAAUAAGUUCCUCCUGUCUCUUUCCUCCGCUAUUAGUUUCCCUGUCUUGUGAGGCUAAGACAUCGACAUUCCGACGUUCCCAAACAACGUUUUUGCACUCACUGUCAUUGAUUAAUGAGAAUGUUUCUCUUUGUUCUGGGAUGUACAUUGCUUUAAAUUUUAUUCGCUGAUGUCUGUUUGUUAGAUGUAUAUAGAGAGGACUAUUUGAUGAUGUGUCGUUCUAUGUAUUCGUGUGCUGUUUAGAGGAACAAUACCACCAGAGCCUCAGGUGAAUCUUAACUCCAUGCACUGGUGUGCAUGUAUGUGUGUGUGUGUCGAUGAGCGUGUGUGUGUAUGCGUGAGUUUCUGAGAGAGCUUCUCACAGUGCCUGUGUAACGUCUGUCCCACACCACCUCCGCUCCCAAUAAUCAGAUUUUAGUUUCUCUUCUUCAUCAUGCGAGGAGAAUCAUGGCCCGCCCUGCCUCACAGCUCCUUGUUAGCCGUCUCAAACAGAGUGUUUUCCUCCGCUAAGUCUCUAAAGGUCAGUGUCUUGUGCUUCCCACCACAACAAAAACGACGGCGACAGAUGGAUUCGGAGUCGUGGGGUUCUCUGUUUUUUAGUCUUUAUUACAGGUGGUGCACUGCCUCGUCUUUAUCUGUGAAUGGAAUCAAGUGGCACCAGCCCCUCCUCUUUCCCAUGAUACUCUCCCCAUGCCGCCUCCUAGGGCUACAGGAGGGGGUGAGGGGCUGGAGGUGGAGAGGGUGGGAGGUGGGGGCUGGGUUUAGGUGGCAUGCCAGAGCUGAACUCUAACAGCCCUCCUAGCAACAGGCAGGCCAGUUCACUCACUCCUCCAACCUGCCCUGCUCGUGUUGUCAUGGUAGCCAGGUGUUCCCCACACAUACACACACAAACACACACACAUUGUACACUCACACCCUCUGAGGGCUCCACCCAAGCUGCAACACUAUCCCCAUCUGUUGCACUACUAUGCCUUACUUUCCCCAUGCUCACCUGUCAUUUUUCCUCCUUCUCUCAGAUCCUCGCCUCCUUUUGUUUGUUAAUUCCCUGAACAGAAAACGGAAUCCAAACAUCAGGAGGGUGGAGGUGGUGAGAGUUAAAUCCUGUUUUAUUUUUUUGUCUUUGUUUUUUUUGUUUUUUUUCCCCCUGAAGAAUGUAUAGAUAUAUAGGCCUGGAUCACAUCUAUGGUUUUUGUUUUCCCCAAAGCCAGUUAAAAGAUCCACCCAGGAUGCUGAUCUAAAGAUUGUAGGUUAUAGUUGACGUCUGUUGAAGGGGGCCUGUGCCCACACUUUUUGGUGGCUUAGUUGCUGGAGAUGUUAGUUUGGACCAAGAUAAGGAUUGUGUGUCUUAUAUACGUGAAGAAAAUGAGCUAGUGUUAGUCCUAGUAUGUUGUUUCUUUUCUUCUCGUUUUAGAAAUCCUUGUACAUUGUGUCAAAUUUGAGGGCGUCAGCGUCCUCUGAUUAUAAAUAUAUUAAUGCCUGUAAUAUAAUCUUUGUAUAAGAGAAAGAGGAAAAAAAAAGCUUGAAGAUUUCAUCAUUACUUGUCAACAUAUCAAACUGUUUUUAACGACCGAAGUCCUGCUAUCUUUAUUAGAAAUGUGAAAAUUGAAACAUUUCAUUAAAUCAAUUUGAA